GAAUACAUGGAAAGGGUGAGUCUAUUUUGUGCUUUGAGAGAUGACGUUGAAGCGGUGGAGCUAAACUGGCCUAAAAGACUCAAUAUUGUUUGGGAUAUGGCACAUGCCUUAUCUUACCUACACCACAAUUGCACUAAGUCAAUUGUUCAUCGAGACAUAUCUAGCAACAACAUUUUGCUUGACAACAAAUUCCAAGCUUUCCUAUCAGAUUUUGGCAUGGCAAGACUCCUAGAACCUAAUUUCUCAUCUAAUCUGACUUCAAAUAUUGUAGGCACUCCUGGAUAUAUAGCACCAAAGCUUGCUUACGCUUUGGUUGUUAAUGAGAAAUGCGAUGUAUAUAGCUUUGGAGUGGUAGCAAUAGAAACGAUAAUGGGGAAGCAUCCAGGUGAUAUCAUCUUAAUGUUGCCGACACUUUUCCAAGAUGAUAUUAUGCUAAAUCAAAUAUUAGAUCCACGCUUGCCAAUUCCAAGACAGAAUUCUGUCACAAGAAGUAUUGUUCUGAUAGUUUCUCUGGCGCUUGCUUGCUUAAGUGGGGAUCCAAAGUCAAGACCCACAAUGAAACAAGUUUCGAAGCUUUUCUAGCUCAAAACUUGCAUUGCCCACGCUGUUCCCUUCAAUCUCUCUUGCGCAGCUCCAAGAAAAUAAUCAAAGAGUAUGGUGGGAAGGUGGAUCAAGAGAAACUUCGUCAAGCCUACAACAAAAGCAAGGACCAUGAAGUGUUUCCCCCGAUUCUAACAAUAGAUUCCAAAGAGCGAUGAGUAGAUUGAUAAAAUGAUGCUGCAAAUUGGUGACCGUGAUUGAGGAUAUGAAGUAUACGGCUUGUGCAAUUUAUGUCAUGUCAAUCUUUUUUUUUUCCCCACAAACUAGUAUGUGGGAAGGAAGGAUGAAGAGAAAUCAGGUUUCCUCCGAACGGCUAAAAGAAAGUUAAAGUGGAAGGAGAUUAUUCCGUUCGAAAUGAGUCAAUUCUUGGUUGUCCACUGAUAUUUUUUUUUUUUGCGUAUUUUUCCCCGUUUCGAACUCUGGGGUUA